GUUUGUAGAUACACGCUGAAGUUAACUUGUUUGGUAGUGUUAUGACGGAAAAGUUUGCCUAAAAUGUCAGACUCAGACGAAAAUCACGAGGGCCAAAAGCCGAAGGGCGUGUUCUCCACUUUAAUGGCCGAUGGGUACUGGCUGUACAUUAAAGGAGAGUAUGAAAAGGCUGUGAGCAGCUACACAGCGGCGCUGACUUUAAAGCCCGAUGACAAGAACUGUUUUGUUGGCCGAUCCAAAUGUUACCUGAAGAUGGGGCAAUCUGAAAAUGCUCUCAAAGAUGCAGAGGCUUCACUCAAAGAGGACAAGUCAUUCUUUGAGGGAUUAUACCAGAAGGCAGAGGCAUUGUACUACAUGGGAGAAUUUGAAUUUGCACUGGUGUUUUACCACAGAGGACAAAAGCUGCGUCCACAAAUACAGGAGUUCAGACUGGGUAUCCAGAAAGCACAGGAGGCCAUAGAAAACUCUGUUGGCAGUCCUUCUUCUAUAAAACUGGAGAUUAAGGGAGACCUAUCAUUUCUAAAAAAAGAUGAAGAGAGGGCCCAGCCAAUCGCUGCUAUUCAGCAUCUGACAAAAGAAAAGAAACAGCAGACCCAGAAGACCCCUAAGAGUGAGAAGACCACCAAACAACUGCUGGGAGAGUUUUACAGUGACAAGAAAUAUCUAGAAAGCCUGCUCAAGGAUAAAGAUUUGGUAAAAGGUAAGACAAAAGGUGGAGAGCGACUGCAGGACGUCAUUCAGGGCUGCCUUACAUACCUCGACACUUGCACCGAGUUCUGGAACCAGGAGAAACCUAUCUGUGCACAGGAAAAGGAGCAAAAGCUCAUGCAGCAAAAAUCUGGCAAGACCCGCCAAAGCGCACUCUCUGAGCCUGCUCAAUUUUUGCUGAGGAGCCUGAAUGAAAUUGAUGCAGCGUUGACCUCUGGAAAUGCGGAGGGUAGUCAAAAGAAGGCGGAGGAAGUCAUGAAGAUAGUGCAGCGCUGGUCUGAGAAAGAGGUGCCUAAUAAGAAAGAGGUUUUGGGCACUCUGCACAGCUGUAUUGGGAAUGCCUUGAUCGACUUGGGAGACAUGGACAAAGCUUUAGAGCACCAUCAAAAAGACUUGGAGUUGGCUAAACAGUACAAACUCCCAGAUGCGAUGUCCAGGGCUCUGGAUAACAUUGGACGUGUUUAUGCCCAAACUGGACAGUUCACACAGGCUGUCGAGUUCUGGGAGAAGAAGAUUCCCUUGGUCCGUGGUGGUUUGGAGAAGACGUGGUUGUUUCAUGAGAUUGGUUGGUGUUACCUGGAGCUGAAUCUCUACAAAGAAGCCCGAGACUAUGGGGUCCGCUCAGUUGCUGCGGCCGAUGAAAUUGCUGAUGAGAAAUGGCAGAUAAAUGCCAACGUCUUGGUGGCACAGUCAGAAUUGAAACUUGGAAACUUUGAAUCCUGCAUCCCCCACUUUGAGAAAGCCCUGACCCAGGCUAAAUUGCAAGAGGACGACUCUGCCAUCAGUGUCAUUCAGAAGGCCCUAGAUGAAGCAAAGCAACACCUCCCACAGUGAGGAUGUCCUGAGUCAAGUUUUGUGGUGGUGUGUGUGUGUGUGUGUGUGUGUGUGUGUGUGUGUGUGUGUGUGUGUGUGCUAACAGAAGACAGCAAUCAUCAAAUGAGAGUUGAUAGAACAAAAAGAG